AUGAAGUCCUGCAAGCCCAGCAACCCGGCGGCGGGAGCGCGUGCCGCGCCCCCGUGCGCGGGCGGCGCCGAGUGCGCGGGCACGUGCGCCGGGGAGGGGCGGCUGGAGAGCGCGGCGCGCAGGCGCCUAGCGGCCAACGCGCGCGAGCGCCGCCGCAUGCAGGGGCUCAACACGGCUUUCGACCGUCUGCGCAGGGUGGUACCCCAAUGGGGCCAGGAUAAAAAACUAUCCAAGUACGAGACCCUGCAGAUGGCGCUGAGCUACAUCAUGGCUCUGACCCGCAUCCUGGCCGAGGCAGAGCGAUUCGGCUCCGAGCGGGACUGGGUCAAUCUCCACUGUGAGCACUUCGGCCGAGACCACUACCUUCCGUUCGCGGGCGCGAAGCUGCCGGGCGAGAGCGAGCCCUACGGCCAAAGGCUCUUCGGCUUCCAGCCCGAGCCCUUCCAGAUGGCCAGUUAGGACGCGCGACCCUGCCGGAAUGAGACGCCCAGUGAUCCGUGCUCUGGAGCCGUAACCUUCCCCCGUGUAGCUGGUCGGGUUAUCGGUGGCGUAGGAUGCAUUCUUAGAAUAAAAUUUGCAAAUUUCCAAGUUACUUUUAUUCGCAUCCCCAGUCCUAGGGACGCAAUGACUUUAUUGCUUUUCUUUUAUUCCAACUUAGGAUUUUGUAGAUUUCAUUAAUGGAUCUUGGAAUGGUUUUGAUUGCUGAAAGUAAUGCCCCCUCCCCCUUUUCUGGACUACCUUGAGAGAAAACAAUCUUAAGAAAAAUAGGAUUAGGUUAUACUGCAGGUUUAGCCCUCACUUUCUUAAACUUUGUAAGUUUGUCCUGUUAGGGUGAAGUUACAGUAUCUAUUACUUGUGUAUACUUAAUACAGAGCUGCCUUCCUGUCUUGUAAAUGCAGUUAUGCUUAGUGCAUUGUGUGUGCAUGCAUGAAGUAGUAGAAAGUUUUCUUCUUUUUUUUGGGUAGAGUACAUGGGCGUGAGUGCUCUGUAUUUUUUAAAACUGUGUAUACAUUAUUAAAAUAUAGAUUUUGUAAAAUAUAAUUAGAAACGUGGGUUCGUUUUUCAUGCCAAGUGCCCUGCUAGUUUCCUGUUGGCACUAAAGGCCUGUUUGUUUGGGGGGGUGAUGAUAUUGAGUGCUUAUCUGAGUAAAGAUGUGGAGUGUUUAAAUCUAAUCCCACCAAUUGGCAAAGUGCAGUUUUGUAAUACUUCAUCAAAAAAAGACGAGCUGAUGAGAGUACAAGUAAUUAAUUUGAAAGUUUUCUCUAUCAACUU